AUGCAGCAUAUCUGCAUGGACGUCGCACCUACUGAAGAUAAUGCCAUGACUACGGAUCCCAGUCAAAUGGCUUUCCGAGCCGUUACGCACUGGCUCCAGAGCCAGACUCUGCCGGUAUUCUGCUGCACUACACCGGGAUUCCGGCCGCGGAUGCCAACAGACAUCGAAGCUGACAGUGUGCCUUUAUCACAGUCUCAUCUGACCAAGGCGCUGAGCCAGCAAGAGCAGCAUCAUCAAAGCCAGUCGCCUCAGAUCAGCGACGCGGAAACCAGCGAAAGUGUCGCGCGGCGAGCAUCAUCUGCCCUGUGGACGAAGCCACUGCCACAGCUCCCGCCGCCCAACAUGUCCUUGUCGGGCAAAGUCGCCAUCGUCACCGGCGGCGCGCGAGGCAUCGGCGCCGCCAUCGCGUUGAAGCUCGCACGAGAAGGGGCCAGGGUCGCCUUCACCUUUGUAAACACUUCAUCAAUAGCCAAGGCCCAUGAGGUCAUAUCCGAGAUCGAGGCCUGCGGGUCCUCGGCGACCGCCAUCCAAGCCGACGUCUCCAAGCAUCAGAAGAAGGUCAUCGAGCGGACAAUGAUGGCGUUUGGCGUCACCAAGAUUGAUAUCCUCGUUAACAACGCCGCCGCGACGCUCAGCGCGACCCUCGAUGACACCACCACCGAGGACUACGACCGCAUCUUCGACACCAACACGCGCGCCGUGUUCUUUAUGAUGCAAGCCGUCAAGCCGCACAUUGCGCCGGGCGGCCGCAUCAUAAACAUCUCAUCCGUCGCCGCGCGCGCCGAUUCGCCGGGCAGCAUGGCCUACGCGGGGAGCAAGGCGGCCGUAGAGGCGUUUACGCGCGUCGCGGCGCGGGAGAUGGGGCAAGCGCAUGGCGUGACUGUGAAUUGUAUCAGCCCGGGGACGGUCAAGACGGAGAUGUUUGACUCGCUGCCCGAUGACCAGCGCAGCGCCGACUUGGAGAGGGCCUCGCUUACGCCCGCCGAGGCGAGACUGGGCGCCGUUGAGGACAUUGCCGACGUUGUUGCGUUUGUGGCGAGCGACGAGUCGAGGUGGAUUACGGGGACGGUGAUUCCCGUCAACGGAGGCCGUUUGAUGAACUGA